AUGAAGCUUCAACUCCUCUCGUUGCUCCAAUUGGCUUCUUGUGCCAGGGCGAGUGUCAGCUGGUCCCAGAAUCUCAAUUAUCGUUCGCCUUCGCAACACCACCCUUCUCUUGGAAUCGCGAUCCACAAGGUUGUCAAGAGAAAUGAUCCAGCGAGCGCAUAUGCAGCUUCCAGUUUGAACUUCACUCACGGUGUUGCAUCAGGAGACCCAUACCCAAACAGCGUCAUCCUCUGGACACGCGUUGCGCCUCAAAGCGAUAAUUCACAAUCCAACGUCACAGUUUCUGGAUACGCACCUCUUUUCGACCAUGAUAACGAAAAGUACGUCCACGUGUCCAAGGCGCCAAUUUGCGUGGAGUACAACGUAUACGAGCACAAGGACAGCUCAUCGGCGGUCGACUCCGGCAAGGUGUAUACCAGCUCCGAUGUCGACUUUACCGUCAAGGUUGAGGCGAAGAACUUGAAGCCCUUCACCACAUACUACUACCAGUUCAACGUAUGUGGAUCAGACAACAAGAGUCCUGUUGGCCGCACCAAGACGACUCCAAAUGCCGACGAUGACAUCACCAAUGUCAGCCUUGCAGUGUAUAGCUGCUCGAACUAUCCUUUUGGCUUUUUUAAUGCGUACGGUAACCCUGUCCGCAAGGACUCGGUAGACUACGUCAUCCACCUGGGAGAUUACAUCUACGAGUACAAAAAUGGUGAUUAUGGCUGGGGUAAUAGCAUUGGCCGCAUUCCGCAACCAGACCGCGAGAUUUUUACCCUGUAUGAUUACCGCAGGAGACUUGCGACAUACCGUACCGACUUGGAUCUUGUCGCCAGUCACCAGCAGUUCCCCUGGAUCCCAGUGUGGGACGACCACGAAGUCGGUGACAACACUUACCGCGAUGGUAUGUCAAAGCUCAACAACACUGAAGAAUCCUUCCUGCACGAUGGAGGCAUUUCAGCCGACCAGCGCAAGAUGAACGCGGUUCGAGCGUACUUUGAAUGGAUGCCUAUCCGUCAAGUCGACAUGGACGACAACCUCCGCAUCUGGCGUUCCUUCUCAAUUGGCAAGCUCGUCGACCUCAUGAUGCUGGACACGCGCUCGCAAAUCGUCUUUUCGCACUUGAACCAGUCCGCUGCAUACGGCACCAAGAACCCGCUCAACUACGAUGCGUGGGACGGCUACAUGGCCAACAAGAACCGCACGCUGCACCACCUCUACACCAACAACAUCAACAACAACAUCUUCCUCGCGGGCGAUAGUCACGCCUCAUGGGUCAGCGACCUCGUCUGGCUCGACGAAAAGCCCUACGAUCCCGCCACAGGCGCAGGCAGCAUCGGCGUCGAAUUCGCCGGCUCAGCAGUAACCUCGCCGUGUCCCUACGGCGCAAACAUCUCGCUCGCAACCGCAAACAACUACUCGUCCAUUAUCCAGGCCGCCAACCAAGAACUCCAAUGGCAAGACUUGUACUACCGCGGCUACUUUGAACUGCACUUCUCCCCCGAGGAGCUCACGGCAAAUUUCUUCGGCUUGCCCACAGUCGUCUCGCGCAACGCCUGGGAAAUCCCUAUUGCCAAUUUUACAGUUAGGGCUGGCGAAAAUAGGUUGCAGCGCCCUGUGGCGGGCGGUGUCGUUGAGAGUGGGAGUUUGAAGGGGGGGAAAGUCGUGCAGAAUAAUGUUACGCUUGAUACGGACACUGGGACGUGGUUUGUGAGUCAUGCUGACUUGGAGGUGUUGUAA